AUGACCGACAAUCCCGAAGACCGGGCACGCUAUAUCAGACUCAAUGUUAUGUUUGAUAUAAGACUGGGUCUAAACAAGGUUGACCAACUAGAUAUGUUGGAAACAACAACUCGUCUAAGUGCCAGAGGGAGCCUCGAACUGAGAGACGCGGGCGAUAGGCUGAUUGCAAGCUCAUUCUGCCUCGAGAGGGAAGGCCCUGUGAUCAAGGGCCGUGUUUGCAAAGGUUCCAUCCGCUGCAGAUUCGACCCCGGGAGCGAUGAUGCCAAAUCCAUCGGCACUGCUUUUCAGCCGUAUCACGCCCGAUUUUGAGCCACAUUUCUUGCUUCAGACCGAUUACCGCCAGCGUAAAGAGUAAACCAAAAAGAUUGCCAUCAGACAAAAAAUGUGGACCGAGAUGUGCAGAAGCGGAAAAUUCGAGGUCGAGGUCGAGAUUGAAAGAGCCUCUUCCGGCCCUGUUCGCCUCUCCAUUGGCCUUCGCGCGCCUACACCAGGCAAAACUUCUCCAAGUUAUUUAUCCAUUAGCGGAUUUCCCAGACGACUAUAUGACGAAACUGUCAGAAGAUCCAUGUCGACUCAACCACAUGACAAUGACUCACACUCAAUGGUCGGGCGAGCAAAUACAUAAUAGAACUUUUUACCUCUGGCCAGACCAGAUGACAGCCCCAUGCUGAUGACCACCCAAAGCACCCCAAGGGAUCUGGAAAGAAGGCCUGCACAGGAAACAUAUGAUGCCUCUACGCUUGAUCGGCCUCGAAGUCGUGCAUGAGCGCGUAUGAGCCGAGGAGUUGGAUAUAGGUGUUUUUUUCAGCCUUCUCUAAGGUCUAAUCGAGUUAUCUGCAAGGUUAGAAGACUAGUUUCUAUGGAAUAUUGACUAUAUCCCGACAUAUAGCGA